AUGAUGCACAAGGGGGGCAAGAUUCGCCCUCCGCGAAAGGCAACGGCCAAGAUCUCGGGCGUCAAUGACUUUGACCAGAACUGGAACCUCAUCCAGGAUGCCCUCGUCGACAUCCACGACCAGAACGCCGGCCGGCUGUCGUUUGAGCAGCUCUAUCGCGCAUCCUACAAGAUCGUGCUGAUCAAGCGGGGCGAGGAUCUGUACCAGCGCGUAAAGACUUUUGAGGAGCGCUACUUUGCCGACAAGGUCAUCCCCCACAUCUGGGCCCUCGUCACCCGCAAGCUCGUCUCCGCCACCCUGCACAAUGUCCUGGGCAGCACUGGCAACGAGCGCCGCGCCCUGGCCGAGACCUUCCUCCGCGGCAUCAAAGACUCGUGGGAACGCCACAACAUGUCUAUGAACAUGGUGGCCGACGUCUUGAUGUACCUCGACCGCGGCUAUGCCCAGGAUGCCACCCGUCCUUUUAUCUACGCCACCACCAUCGGCCUCUUCCGUGACCAUAUCCUGCGCGCCCCGCUGCCGCCUUCGGCCUGGUCUGAGACCGACCAGCUCGCCGUCAUGGGCGGAGGUCGAGGCGUGGAUAUUGGUACUGCUGCUGCUGCUGCUAUUGUUGUUGACGGCAGCUGUAGUGAUGUAGCCAGCAGCAGCCCCAGCAACAGCCACCCGACCAUCUUCACCAUCCUCAACAGCGUCAUCUUGGACCUCAUCAACAUGGACCGCGACGGCGACGUGAUCGACCGCAACCUCGCACGAAACUGUGUGGCCAUUCUGGAAGCGCUGUACGAAACGGACGACGAGCACGAAGACGAUAAGCUGUAUCUCACCACCUUUGAGCCCGAAUUUCUGCACGCCACCUACCUCUUCUACCACAACGAGUGCGAGCGGCUCCUGCGCGACGGAGACGCCCGUGCCUGGCUCCGUCAGACUCGUCGCCGCCUGCGAGAGGAGCAGGAGCGCUGCGGACACACCAUCUCGCAGCUCUCGCGCACAAAGGUUGCCCGCGUUGUCGAAUGCGAGUUGGUCGCCACCCACCUCGAGGACUUUAUGGCCCUCGAGGGCAGCGGCAUCAAGGCCAUGAUCGACAAUGACCGCCUCGAAGACCUCGCCAUCCUGUACGAUCUGGUCUGCCGCGUCGAGUCCAAGAAGACGGUGCUCAAGCAGGCGCUGCAGACGCGCAUCGUCGAGCUCGGCCUGGAGAUCGAAAAGACCCUAAAAGAGACAGACUUCUCCAUAGCCUCCGCGACAGCAGCAGCAGACGCAACAAAGGCGGCCGCCCUGUCGGCCGCAGCUCAGCAGACAGCCGCGGCGAUCAAGUGGGUGACGGACAUCCUAGAGCUCAAGGACAAGUUCGACCGGUUGUGGCUGGAGUGCUUCAACAAGGACAUUGUCCUCCAGUCAGCCAUGACGAGCAGCUUCACCGAGCUCUUCCGGCUCUGCACGCGCAGCGCCGAGUACGUGUCGCUCUUCAUCGACGACUGCUUCAAGCGCGGCCUGCGCGGGAAGAGCGACACCGAGAUCGAUGCCGCGCUCGACAAGGCCACUGUCAUGAUCCAGCACGUGACGGAAAAGGACAUGCUGGAACGCUACUACCAGAAGCACCUGGCCCGCCGGCUGCUGCACAACAAGAGCGAGAACCCCGAGGCCGAGAAGAUGCUGAUCUCGCGCAUGCAGUCAGAGUUAGGCAAGACGUUUACGGCCAAGUUUGAGGGCAUGUUCAAGGACAUGGCCACGUCCGAGGAGCUGACGCGCGACUACGGAAAGUAUGCCAAGGAGAAUUUGGACGACAUGGGUGAGGACGAGGACGAGGAUCCGGGACAGGGUCAGGGUCAGGGCAACCAAGCACGCAUCGACCUCGGCGUCAGCGUCCUGACGAGCAACAACUGGCCGCCAGAGGUGAUGGGCCGGGCAUCGCAGCUGGAAGAGAGCCUAGGUGGCGGCAGCAGCAGUCAGGGCGGCUGCAUCUAUCCGGCCGAAGUGCAACGGCUGCAAGCGAGCUUCCUCAAGUUCUACCUACGCAACCGCAGCGGCCGGGUGCUCUCAUGGGUGGGCACGGCUGGCAGCGCCGACAUGCGGUGCGUGUUUCCGCCAGCGCCCGGCCACGACAAGGGCGUGCUGAGCCGUGAGCGGCGCUAUGAGCUCAGCGUGCCGACGUACGGCAUGGUGGUGCUGCUGCUGUUCAACGCCCUGCCGGUCGACGGUCGGCUCAGCUUUGACGAGAUCCAGGCUAAGACUAACAUUCCGGCGGCCGACCUGACGCGGGCGCUGGCGUCGCUGACCAUCCCACCCAAGUGCCGCGUGCUCACCAAGGAGCCAGCGUCCAAGACGAUUCGACCGGGCGACCGGUUCGGCUUCAACGUCCAGUUUGCCAGCAAGACGCUCAAGAUCAAGGUGCCCAUCAUCAACGCGCUCUCCAAGAUCGAGGGCGAGGACGAGCGCAAGGCCACGGAGGACAAGAACAACCAGACGCGCUCGCACACGAUCGAUGCAGCGGUGGUACGGAUCAUGAAACAACGAAAAGAACUCCUACACACCGCGCUUGUCACCGAGGUCGUCACGCAGCUCGCCAGCCUGUUCCGGCCCGAAGUGUCCAUGAUCAAGAAACGGAUCGAGGAUCUCAUCUCGCGCGAGUACCUAGAGCGCAUCGAAGAGUCCGAUCCGCCGGCCUACCGCUAUGUCGCCUGA